CGACCUCGUUCACGAAGCCCCCCUCUCUAACCCACGAAAAUGUCUCACCGUGAAGUUCUCGGCGUUGUAGUCCUCGCCCGCAAUGGCGACCGCACUGAGGCCUACCAGGAUCCCAUCACGUACCAGCCUGGCCCUACUUUGAGCACUCCUCUCGGCGAGGUCCAGUCGCACCAGCUUGGCCGAUACCUGCGCGACACGUACUUCAACCCCGCCAGCUCGUCGCAUAUUCAGGGGAUCCGCACUAACCUUGUGGACCUUGACCAAGUGCAUGUUCGCGUCAAGGUCGGUGCCGAGGGACCGGCUGUCUUUGACUCGGCAACUGCGUUGCUUCAAGGACUCUUCCCGCCGAACCCGGCCAACCGCAUCACGCUCGCCAACGAAACUACUGUAGUCGCUCCUCUCGGAGGCUACCAGUAUGUUCCCCUCGAGACCGUCGAGCCAGCCAACGAUCGCUCCCUGGAGAGCUGGACUGACUGCCCAGCAUUUGAAAAGCACGUCGCAAAAGUGCACGAAUCCUCUGAAUUCAGGGAGGCGAGCAAAUCUGCGAACGCCUUCUUCAGAGACAUCCGAGACUACGUCUUCGGUCGUCCUGCCACUAUGGAGAAUGCACACAACGUGUGGGACUACAUCAGCGCAGAGCUGAUCCACAACAAGACCUACGCCCACCGCCUUCCUCCCACAUAUGUCGAGCAGGCACGUGGCCUCGCAGACUACCGAGAGAACCUUGUCUUCUCCGACCCUCAGCUGAACGGCAUCGGAAACAUUGCCGGCCGUACUGCGUUGGCCUCGAUCGUCGGCUCCCUUGAGCGCAUCGCAUUCAACGGUGACCCGCUGCAGUUCAUGCUGAUCGAGACGACCUACCAGCCGUUCAUCUCCCUUCUUCACAUGACUGAGGUCGUGAACGAGCGCCCCGACCUCGCUGCUAUUCCCGACUUCGCAUCUGCGCUCUCGAUCGAAUUGCGCCGUGGCCGUGCCCCUGAUGUGCGUGACUUCUUGCGCUUCAAGUUCAAGAACGGUACUACGGACGAUUUCGAGACGAUCCACGUCUUCGGUCACCAAGAAGACAUCCCGCUGACGGAAUUCAUUUACCGCCUUGAGGGUUCGGUGAUCAAGAGCAACCGCGAGUGGGCGAAGGCUUGCGGCGCUAACUCCGUGUGGCCCGAGCUUCCGGAAGUUUCUGCCAAGACCAACGCUCUGGUCAACGGCGGCUGUGGCGUGAUCGUCGCAUUCAUCCUCAUGCUCGGCCUGUGGCUCGUGUCCAAGACCGUCCGCAACAUGAGACGCCGCAACUACAUUCGCAUUGGUGGCGAGGAGGAGCUGCACGGAACGACGGAGGUCCGCAACGAGAAGACCCAGAUGCUCGUGAGGGCUUAGGUCUUAGCUUCCUUUAUCUUGGGCAUGUGUAUUGUCUGAACUAUGUACGAGGAGCGAGAGUGGACUAUCAUUCCCGGUAUGCUUGGCUUGCAGUGCUUCUCGUUGUGUUCGCGUAUUUUCAUGGUUGCACCAUUUAGCUGUUCAUGUUCACUAUGUAAUGAACGAUGUCCGAUAUGUUAUCAUGACACUA